UUGACCCGGAACUUUGGUUCCUGGAUGCAGCUUAAGCACUCGGCCAGUAACGCUUGCAUAGCCGGAAGUGGCUACUAGUGUUUAAGGUCCAGAUCGGCUUCCGGAGCCCGCUGAGGCGGUUAGUGAGUCGGAGACCCGGGAUGGAGGCCUUGUCAGCCGGGGCGGUGACGGAGAGGAAGCCCGAUGAUGACUACGUGGAGCCCAGAUGUGCACACUGGGGGGAGCUGAGCCAGACUCUGGUUCCAUCUACACCCCAGGACAAGGAAGUAAAAGAGAAUACACCAGGAGUCUCCGAUGAUGAAACCUCCCUUGCUGAGAGUCCAGCUGUGAGUGCCAUGUUGCAUGCCAUCGCUGCCAGCCACCUGCCUGUGUGCAGCCAACAGCAGGGUGAGCCUGACCUGACAGAGCGUGAGAAGGUGGCUAUCCUGGGUCAGCUGUAUCAUGAGAAGCCACUGGUGUUCCUGGAGCGCUUCCGCACAGGCCUCCGGGAAGAGCACCUGUCCUGCUUCGGCCACCUGCGUGGGGACCACCGUGCUGACUUCUACUGUGCCGAGGUGGCGCGGCAAGGCACUGCCCGACCCCGAACCCUGCGCACCCGCCUGCGUAAUCGGCGUUAUGCUGCCCUGCGUGAGCUCAUCCAAGGAGGCGAGUACUUCAGUGAUGAGCAGAUGCGGUUCCGGGCCCCGCUACUGUAUGAGCAGUAUAUAGGACAGUACCUCACACAGGAAGAGCUCAGUGCCCGCACACCUGCCCCCCAGGCCCCCAGGCCCGGCUCCCCCAGCACGCCUGCCUAUCCCCUCUCCGACCUGCUGUUCCAGUCCUACCAGGAACGGGAGCUGCAGCAGAAGCUGCUCCGGCAGCAAGAAGAGGAGGAGGCCUGCUUCGAGGAGGAAGAGGACAGCGAUGAGGAAGACCAGAGGUCAGACAAGGACUCGGAGUCCUGGGUGCCCGACUCGGAGGAGAGGCUGAUCCUGCGGGAGGAGUUCACCAGCCGCAUGCACCAGCGAUUCCUGGAUGGCAAAGAUGGAGGCUUUGACUACAGCACGGUGGAUGACAACCCUGACUUUGACAACCUGGACAUUGUGGCACGUGACGAGGAGGAGCGAUACUUUGAUGAAGAGGAGCCCGAGGAUGUGCCCAGCCCAGAGCUAGAUGGGGACUGAUGGCUCCCACCCUUCCAGCCAGUGACACACCUUGCCCACCCCACUAUAGGCAGCUGGUUACAGGCUGGCUAAAUGACUCAGAGGCCAUCAGGGCAGGCCCCCAGGCCUGGCAUACCUCAGACAGUGCCCUACUUCUGUUUAUGGGCUUCUCACUCUUGUCCCUGGGAAGGUCACUGCCCCUCUCUCCUUGGCCCCACCUCUGUCUUUUCUCUGAGAUAGGGUCUUGCUGUGUAACGCUAACUAGCCUGUUAAUUGCUUUGUAGCCCUGGCUGCCUCCACCUCCCAAGUGCUGUGCUUGGGGGCGAAUCACACCUGGCCUACCAGUGGUGUUUCUACCCUGUCUCUCCCCUCACGUCACUGCCCCCCCUCCCCCAGCUUCCUAGGUCUCCACCUUCUGUGCAUCCACCCUUCUGCCUUUCUCUGUUAUGGCUGCCGUGCCCACAGCAGAGCCCUGAACGACUGUCUGGUGGCUGCAGCUGUCACAUGGAUUCUAGCACUUAGCUCAGGCUACACCUGAUCCCCAGUAUAGCUCUGGGCUUCUCCUUUUCUCUGUGCCUGGGUCCUACUGGUCCUACUGGUCACCAUUGCUUCCAUUGAGGUCCCGUCUCUCCUGCACCUCACUCUUCAGGCCUUCUCAUUCCCUCUGCACUUCCAUUUCCAUCUCUGUCCAGACCUCUGCCUCACUCUCUGUCCCUCUUUCUCAGCCUUUAUGGCUCUGCUUCUCUGUGUUCCCACCCCCUAGGCCUGGCAGCUAGGGGCAGCAGAAGCCUGGGUACCCAAUAAUGAGACUUCCCUGUGGGCGGGGGUCAAGGCCUCUGCUGCUCUCUUUGGACCCUUGCUGGGAAUGCUGGCAGAGGCAGAGCUGGGGACCACAGGGCCAGCUUGAAGAAGGGGACCAUUCCCUACCACCCCGCUCCCCUGCUUCCCAGCCACACAAAUUUCCUUUUCUUCACUUCCUCCACCUCCCUCUCCCUCUCCUGUUUACACUCUCCAAAUACACAUAGGCUGUUAUCAUGGGUCUUGAGUCAUCUCUCUCUCUCUCUCACUCUCAUACACACAGCCUGCCCCAAUGUCCCUGCCCCCAGCAGGCCACAGGGCCCGCCCCACAGAGCCCCCUGCUGCCCUGGGCUAAUGAGAGCCAGAUGGCUGCCUGUGACUCAGCCAUGGCUUGUGGGAACCCAGACGUCCUACCUUCCCAUGCCCCACACCCGGCCCCUGCUGCCCCAGCAGACAGAAGGGACCUGCUACUGUGAAGAUGGGGGCUAGCAUGUCUAGGCCUGAGGAGCCAAGCUACUCUGAGACAGUUGUGGCAUUCUGUUCUGGCCACACCUGCAAGACCCUCAAAACUGCUUUGUAGUGCCAAGGUCCUGACUCCUGGGUCAAACUAAACUCACCCAGAGAACUACUGGGGGCAGAGGGUGUUCACAUGAAGAAGCUUGGAAUAUUAAAAGGUCCUCAGCAGCUCCACCUGGGCCAGGCUGAGUGAGAACCUCUUGACAACCUGAACCACCAGACUGUCAACUGCCAUUUGUCACAAACGAUGGAAAUGGCCCAGAAAGGCCAUGUGCAUCCUUGAGAUCACCUGGCCUCCCGGGCAGAGCUAAGACUGGAACACACUCCUACACACCACUUGGCCAGUCUGCUGGCAUGUGACUGCCAGUGCCGGACAGUGGUAGAGAUAGGAAGCCAGACUUCCUUACAUGGGAGAGUGUGGAAGACAGAAGUAUUGUGUGUGAUAGGAUGUUACGGUCCCAGCCCUUGUCUCCCCAGAGGGCUGCUUGAGCCCCCAACUUGCGGGACAGGAGCCAAGGGUGCUCUUUGGGGGAGUUGUGUUAGCUUAUGUAUUUUCAUGGUUGACCAGUAUUCUGUCUGAUUGUUAAACUUAUUUAAGAUAGAAAGGCUAUCAUCCAUCAAUCUGUUAUGUAACUUUUUAAAAAGAGCUGAGCCGCACA